CGACGACCCACAGUGCAGUGCGAGAAAAAGCAAGAAAAAGAUGGCAGCUGCUGCUUUUUCCUGAAGGAAUUUUCGAACUAAUCAGCGGCGAAAAGGUGUCGUUUUCCAGUGUUUUAACGGUGCAAAAACCCCCGCGGAAGCUGCUUCAAUGGCCACCGGAUCCGGACAAGAAUACCGCGUAAAUUUGGUCAGUGAAUUAUCACAACAAUGUCCGCUAGUGAUCUCCAGUUUUUAGCAUCGAACUCAUCCUCGUCAUCGUCCUCAUCGUCGUUGUCCUUGUCUCGUCAGUAUAGUGCACAAUCGAAAGCAAACAGCACCUAUUUGUCCUCAAACGGGUCAAAAAACACUAAGCUAGAAGAAUUGGCCCAAGCCAAACAGCAAAUCAUCAUCCACGAGCUCCUUAAUCCGAACUCCGGACCGUUCAACAACUACCAGCAGGUUCUGCCGGAGGCAGGUAAUGUCGCAAACUUCACGAGCUCGGUAAACAACAGUUCCAUAACGAUCCUAACGUCGCAACGUCAAAGCUCGGAUCACGGCGCAGCGGCCAAACCCGCGAUGGUCCUCGACCGGAUCGACAUCUGCAUUAACAAUCAUUUCAAUGAGCCACGUCAGCUCGAUGCCACGACGGUGGUGCCGGCCUUGGCCGGACAGCAGACCAAGGUGAACGAGAAGCGAUCGAGCACCGACCUGGAGCCGGACUCGACGACCUCCUCGCUGGGACAGCUUCCGGUGACGCCGGAAAAGAAUGGAGGCGGCGGUGGCGGUACCAAGUUCAAGCUGCAGGAGGACGUCCUGGUGGAGCACAAGGACGGACGGUUCUACCUCGGUACGGUGAUCGCGAUCGGAACCGGCCAGUGUCUGGUGCGGUUCAACGACAACACCGAGUGCUGGUCCGACUUCCGGGAGCUGACGAAGCUGAGCAGCAAUGAUGCAGACGAUACGCCCGCUUGUGUGGUGUGCAAGCGGCAGAACGCCGAAGAUAACGUGGAGGUAUGCGAGAACUGCGGCCGCGGGUACCACAUCAAGUGUAUGGACGGGAACUUUGAGAAGAACGGCUACUGGUUCUGUCGGAUGUGCACCUCGCCAAACGGCAAAAGGAAGGAUAUCCGGUACGUCUGCUCCGGAGUCUUGUCGGAAUCGCUGGACCCUCUGACGGACAAAUCUCAACUAUCGUACAACAUUGAUGCGCUCACCUGGGACGCGCUGCACCGGGGAAACCAGGAACGUCACUACUGCUACUGCGGCGACGAUGGCGAUUGGCUGAGAGAGAUGAUACAGUGCUGCCGGUGUCAGCAGUGGUUCCACGGGCGGUGCAUUCGCAGCCUGCAGUAUCCGAUAUUCCUGGGCGAUCGGUUCUACUUCUUCAUCUGCUCGAUCUGCAACCACGGGCACGAGUUUGUGCGCCGGCUGGAGGUCAGCUGGCCGGAUCUCAUCCACCUGGCGCUGUACAAUUUGAUUGCGCGCAACGGGAAGCGGUUCUACGACGUUACGAAGGCGAUCGCGGCGUAUGUCGAGGACAACUGGAAGACGCUGCAGAUGUCGGAACAGAUGUCCAAGCUGUCGCCGAACGCACGCAAGGAAAUCAUCACCCAGACGCUGACCAACGACCGGAUACGGUUCAGGUGUGGCAGCGAGAUCAAAAAGGGGGCCACCUUGUGGACGCUACGUCUGGCGCAGCCUCCGAACCCGCCGAACGUGCUGCUCCAGCCGGGCCAGGUCGUCACCGAGCACAUGCUGACGCAGAUGUCCAAGGAAAACCGGGCGUACCGGUUUUUGCCGCGAGUAGCCCUGGAGAAAUCGUUCGUCAACGAUGCCGCCAGUCGGGAAAAGAUGACCGGCGUCAGUUACUGCUCCCCGCUCGUGUCAGAGGAUGACAUAUCGGAGAUCUCCGAGGACACCAACCAGGACGAGAACAGCUCGGACUACGAGGCUCUAGCCGGUGCUGGCACCGGAGAGCACCCGUCCGACCUGAACGGAACAACUGCCGGCGGCGCAGACGCGCAGGGUCGGCUUAACAAUUGUGUUGCAAUAUAUAACAGUACAGGGAAAAAUGCUAGUUCAAAUUUAAGUGAGGCACUAUUCAGCUCGAACGCCAAGGACGGCUUCCAGCUGUUCGGAACGGCCGGGUCGAAGCCGCACAGCGAUGCCGGCAGCGUCGCCAGCAACGGAAACAGGCGCGCGUUCAAGUCACGCCCCAAAAAAACGGACAGCGAGAAGUCGUUCGACAUUUACGACUCGUCGGACGAUACCUCGCGAACCACGCUGGAUUUGAUCAUACCACCACCCAAAGAUUUCACCGGACGAAACAAUCCCUUCCACCAUCCGGCGGCGGCGGCGACGACGGCUUCACAGCAGGUUGCGGGAAGCGGUCAAGGCGGAUCGACCGUCGUCGUCGGGAUGGGCAAAAGCAACGAAACAAAAGACUUGACGCAGAAAGUAGGUGCGAGUAGUGUUGUUAGUCAUUUGAGCAGUAACCUGGUGAACGGCGAGAUGAGGGUGGCGCGGAUCGUGAAGCGACGGCUCAGCGCCCGGGACAUCCUGAACGGGUCGAAAAGCAAGCGGCGGAAGUUCCGGAAAAGUUCGGUUAUCGGCACCACGUUGACUACCUAUGCCGCGCCCACCGCCAGCAUACCGUUCGCCGGACAAUCUUCCAGUCUGAUAGCUUCGCUGUUCUCGCCCGCUGGAGACGGUGGCGGCUGGCCAAGUCAGAUUACGCUCAACCACCUGCUGCCGUCGUCUGCGUCGGCUUCCUCCUCGGGCAGCAGCACUCCGGCGCAUUGUUCCUAUCCCACCACCCAACAGCCAAAUGUGGCCGCAGCGAUGGUUCCUCAGGCACUGCCUACCGCCAUGACCUGCCCGCCGUCUUCGCUGCCAUCCUCGCUUCAGGUAUCUUCCGCCGAGCUGGUCAAGCGGAAUCCUGCCCACGGUCGCCGACUGCGGCAACGUCAGGAACGUAACUACGCGGAAUCCUCGCGGCGAACCAGUGCGCCCUCCGCCGGAUGUCCACCAGCGCUAGCAACCUCUGGAAUGCCACCGGUUUCACCCGGAAAAUCCGGAUCGUCCUCCUCGGGUGGCCCGGCUGGUACCGAUUUGCAGUCCUCGCUGAAUCUGUACUUUGGGGCCGCCCACCGGAUUCUCAGCGGUGAAAAGUUCAUCAUCAAGGGCAAACGGGUUUCGCUGUCCGGUCGGGCGCAGUACUUGAUCGAGUGGGAGGGCUGUCCGGCACCGGUAAUGUAAGAUUUUAAUUAAAUCUUUUUUUAAAACUUAAUCGUGGAAUAGUCUUUUGGGUCGUACAAGAACAGAGAAUUGAUUCCAACGAGAGUGAAUAGCUUACCACAACGACAUUCCGCGGGUGACGGCGCAAAUCGAGGUUAAUCGGAACGUGAAGUGAGUUUCGUGUAGUUGUGUUAUGUUCUACAACUCCGCAGUAACAGUUCAAUAGGGCGAAUUUGCGUUUGUAAACAAACACCCUCUUACUUGCCGUGAACUGUCACUUGAGCAAAAGGGAUAGACUGUUUGUUUACAAACUAUUGAACUGUUACUACGGAACUCGUUACUAAAUAUUUAUAUUUCAUUGAUAAAUAUGCUUUUACAACAUUGUUUUAUUGGAUUUUUUAAAGUUCCUUGAGUAUUUUUUCAUUUGAAAAAAUCUUUUUUUAAAUUUGAAUGGUUCUUCUAAGUUAAAGUUUUAUAAAUUUUUAACAUUAUCCUCAUUUAUAUGAAAACGCAAAAAAGAAGUGACGCAAGGAAAUAUAACAUUUUUAGUUGUUUAGCCUCCAAAACGUCUCAAGCCGCGCUACCAACUAGUAUUGAAAGAAGACAUCCUUCCAAGCCUGGAGAGUCCAACAAUCUUCGAACAGGAUAUGAAAUCAGGAACAGAAACAACGUAGACUUUUUAACGAUAGCCAGCAGCCCUCAUAUUUUUGUACGUCAUUUUACAAACGUCGCUCACAACUGGUAUGAAAAAAGCACCGCGCUAGGAACAAGCUCCAGCAUCGUUUGAGCCGCCAACUGUCGAAACAACCUACGCUGAACGCAGCGAAUUAAAUGAUUUUAUUUUAAACUGAUCAACUGCCAAAAGUUACUAAAGCUAGUAAUCCUAAUAAGCUAUCAAAAUAACCCGUAAUAUCGCGUAAUGCAGAGCCAGUACAUGUUCUUUGUUGUAUGUGAAACCCCACCUCACUUUUUCCACCUUCCCUGAAACCAUUUUGCUUGGUUGCAGUUUCGUUUGAAGUUUCGUUAAAUUUAUUGAAUCUGUGCGCACAAAAACAGAAGAUUGCAAAACCGGUAGAAUAAUUCAGAGAGACAUGCAAACGAAAAACUCGAUUCGUUUUAAGGAAACCGAUCACUGCCGAAUUGUGUGUGCUAGUGUUGAGUGUGAAACACGGAGAAAAUUCCCAAUCGUGUGAUCGCGAGUGUGAAUGUGGUAGUAUCAAAAUUACGUCCCGUUGGGACUGAACGGAAACAAGUAGUAACAAUUUUUUAAACGAAAAAAAUAAAAACUAAGGCGAGUAAACAAAAAUCAAGCACUGAUUAAUUAGUUCAUAAAUUAUUUCCUCAGUUAAACCUAACAUAGACCCGUAAACCUAAGUCCUUAUUUGAAAACCUCUGUUGAUAAAGAUUCUGUUACAAAAAACUAAGUUGUAGGGUGCAGUGUAGUGUUUUUAUGUGAGCUAACGAAAUCGUAAGCGGAAAUAUGAUCAUCUCUAAGUUAAAUAACAAUUUAGCAAAAAGUAUAAACAAAAAAACCAAGCGUAACAGAUUGCGCGCAAACCCCCUUUCUUUUAGAAACGGUUCUACUAGAUGUUUAACACUAUAUAAUUAAUUCAAUCAAACAAACAAAAAUCGGAUUGCUUGCCCCACGGGCGAGGAUCUAUAAACGGAUACUAUGAGUGUAUUGUAAAUUAUUAUUAAAUCGAGUAUAUAAA